UUGAAGUGAUUGCUAAAUAUUAUUCAGCGCUUUUAUUUUGGAAGCGACACUUCCUGUACCAUCCUGCUACCUGUUUGUGUUUGACGCAGCUGAAAAGAGCGAGAGGGGGAGAGAACGAGGGAGGCAGAGUUGACAGAGUGACACGCUCACACGGGGACUCUUUGGAUUAAUCGCUGGCCGGUUUGCUGCCACUCAGACGGUAGCGGGUGUGAAACUGAACGCGGGUGGAUUUCAGCCUCGUUAAAACCCGCAGCUCGCCACCGGGAGCUCCGCACACUCCCGCAGGUUUAAAGGGAGCAGAUCGGACGGCUGUCGCUGCUUCACAUUCCUGUGUGAGAUCCAGAGAAGAUGGGACUGAACUGAGAGGAGCUCUGGCAGCACAGCCCUGUGAACAUUUGUCAUUAUCAUCCAGGAGGAGAUUGUUCCUUCAAACCCCUGAAGCUACCUCGUAGGAGCCGCAGCUGGUCUAGAAUCAACCAAACCACCACCACAAACCUCGUCUAACUUCAGCCCAUUCAGGAGGAGAUGGAGAACUGACCCAGGAGCAGCAGGUACCAGAAGGCAACCCCCCACCCCACCCCCCUUCCCAUCCGCCAGCAUCCAUGGCGGGCCUCAAACGUCAUCAUGAUGGGAAGAUCGCUGGGCUGUAUGACCUGGACAAGACGCUGGGCCGUGGUCACUUUGCUGUGGUCAAACUGGCCCGCCACGUAUUCACUGGGGAAAAGGUUGCAGUGAAGGUGAUAGAUAAGACCAAGCUGGACCCGGUGGCGCGAGGGCACCUUUUCCAGGAGGUGCGAUGCAUGAAGAUGGUGCAACACCCCAACGUGGUGCGCCUCUACGAGGUCAUCGACACGGCCACCAAGCUCUACCUCAUCCUGGAGCUGGGAGACGGAGGAGACAUGUACGACUGCAUCAUGAAGCACGACGGAGGUCUCAGUGAAGAUGUGGCCAAGUGUUACUUUGCCCAAAUUGUCCACGCCAUCUCCUACUGUCACCGGCUGCAUGUAGUGCACAGGGACCUGAAGCCGGAGAACGUGGUGUUUUUCGAGAAGCAGGGCGUCGUCAAGCUCACCGACUUUGGCUUCAGCAACAGGUUUCAGCCCGGGAAAAAGCUCAACACGUCCUGUGGCUCACUGGCCUAUUCUGCUCCUGAAAUACUGCUGGGGGACGAAUACGACGCCCCUGCUGUGGAUAUCUGGAGUCUGGGAGUGAUCCUCUUCAUGCUGGUCUGUGGUCAGCCCCCCUUCCAGGAGGCUAACGACAGCGAGACGCUCACUAUGAUCAUGGACUGUAAAUACACAGUGCCUCCUCACAUCUCCAAUGCAUGUCGAGAUCUUAUAGCCAAUAUGCUACAGAGGGACCCCAAGAGACGAGCAACCCUUGAAGAGAUCGAGGGACACGAAUGGCUUCAAGGUGUCGACCCCUCCCCGGCCACCAAGCUGUCUACCCCUCUGGUAUCACAUCGCAGCCUGUCAGAGGAAGAACACGGCUCCAUCAUCCAGCGCAUGGUGCUGGGCGGCAUUGCAGACCGAGACACCAUAACUGAUGCUCUGGAGUCAAACCAGUACAACCACAUCACAGCUACAUACUUCCUGCUAGCUGAGAGGAUGCUGAGGGAGAGGCAAGAGAAAGAGCAACACAGCCAGACACGAUCACCCAGUCCCAGCAAGGCCCAGUUCAGGCAGUCCUGGCCCACCAGAGUGGAUGUUCACCAGGAUGUCAGUGAUGGCUUAGGGGGUCCUGGUAUCUCUCAUCCCGGGGGGCCACAGUCCCCUGCCCGCAGUGCUGAGAGCCUCCACAAAGGCCCCAGACCCAAAACAGCUCUGCUGGACCUCAGCCAGCGGCAGGAGAACCACACCCCUAGAUCCAGCCAACAGCAGCCUGCCCGACAGAGCCAGGAGAGGGGGCUCAGGCCUCUGGUAAAGCCCCACUCCAACCCCCUCAGACUGGGCUCUCUGGCUUCUGUGGUCCCUUGCAAACCUCGUAGUCCCAGUCUUUUUAGUGUGGAGGAGGAUGAGGAAGAAGAGGGCGAGGAAGACAGAUGUUCAUCCCCUUCUGCGCUACCUGCUCAGGUGGUGCUUCGUUGCAAAACCUCUUCCUCAUCAUCAUCUAUGUCUUCCCCUGGUAAUCGGCUGACAACCCGUAUGAGUGCUCCAGUUCUUAACCAGAUCCAUGAGGAGGAUAAAGAAGAUGAGGAAGAGGAGGAGAGGAGGGAACUGCAUGGAUUUGGCCCACCCAAACCCAGCCUCAGCCUAAACCUGAACUCUAGAAUACCGUCACCAUCCACGCUCAUGUCGUCACCUAAAACUGUUGGUAUAACAGCACCGGUUGCUGCCUUCACCCCCAGCUCAGAGACUAGUGAUGAUGAGACUGAAAGCCACCAUAAACCAGAUACGGCAAGUUUAGGUGGACAAGGGGAUGAGCGAAUAGGGAGGAAAGGGGAUAGAGAGAAAAGGGGAUCAGGCCAGGACAGUCCCUCCAACUGUGCCAGUCCUGGAUCAGGUCAGGGUAAGGGAACAGCCAAAGCUGCCAGUGGCCUGGUGGAAAGCCUAAAGCUGAUGAGCCUGUGCCUGAGCUCUCAGUUCCACAACUUGACAGGGGGAGGAGGGGGAGGUGGUGGUGGCAGCAGUGGCGUUGCUGGGGUGGACACCCAGGAUCGUCCCAUGUGGAGGAUGUGCAUGGGAGGCUCCACUGGUAGCCUGGAUAAGGUCUCUUUGCUGGGUGGCCCUUCGCCCAGAGGGAACCUGUACCACCACCAACCCCCACUGGGAGACGCACUGGCAGACCCACUGUUGGAGGGCCCCUGCACAGGCACGCUGAGGCUAGGAGAGCUGGACCUUGCGAGAGAGAACCAUAGGAACAUGAAGAACCGUGUGCUGCAGAUGCCUCUGAGUGACAAGACUCUGUCUGUCAACAUCCACCGGAGCCCCAAGGAGGGCCUGCUCUGUACCCCCACCCCACACAGCUGCUGCCAGGUCAUCUAAAGCUCAGCAGACAGCCGCUGAAUGAGCUGUCGCACCUCCACACUCCUCCACUUUCCAAUAUACAUCCCUUAUCAUCCUGCAUUUGUUUCACUUGUGUCACCACCGGCUCAUAAGUUAACACUAUUUUGGCACUUUAUUUUGUUUCUUAUUAUUUAACACUUAUGGUGGAUAACUGGGAGAAAGUCCAAAUGCCAACCUUGCACAUUCAGAGAGUCUCCACGGAGGAGACUGGGUGCCAUGCCAAGUAUGUGAAGCACUUUGAGCAGAUUAAACAGGACACUAAUGGGACAUUUUAACCCACUAGUGUGUUUUAAAGAGACACAAAUUAUGGAGAUGGAUACAGGAAGUGCUCACAUCCAUACUCUUGCACACUCGUACUGUAUAUAUUGUAUGUACACAUUUUGUGCACAUCCACACUCACAUAUAUCACUCUAUGAUAAGCUGAUAAAAGGAAAAGCUGAUGAGCUGGUCAAUUUUAGUAUCAUGUUUAUCGUGUUACACAUUGUCAGUUGUUGGACUGUUGACUGCUGUUUUAUUAAUGUUAUUUUUUUAAAUUAUUUUUUGAGACAAUCAUUUUAAGGUUUUUUUUUUAAAUUCCAACUGAAAGAGUGAAUAUAUGACUUUUCAUUCAAAUAAGGACAAAUAACAGGGUGAAAAUAAACAGCAGCACUUGCGAUAUGAUGGCGGCACACAGUAUUUUGUACUCUAUCACUGUUUUAUUUUUCUAUCUCAAACAUGCUUUGCAGACUCGGAAAGGAAAUGCACACCCACUUGUCAAGUCUCUGCGCAGCAGAGUUUGUACAUAUGUGAAUAACCUCCUAGCAGUACUCUGUACCUGUAGUAUUGACAGUAAAGUUUUAUUGCCGUAGAAAUCUGAAUACUAGAUCCUUAUACACCCAUUAGUCUUCACUCCUAUGGGAUAUUUAAGGUUUUGGUUGAACCCAGAGAAUGAAAUGUGUUUGACUACCGAAAAAGAACAUUAACUCUUAAUGUAUAUCUAAAAUCUCCCCUGAAACCAAACAGAAUGAAUUAUUAUACAAUGGCAGCUCUUUAAAUUGAAAGCAAAGGACCACUGGGUGCAACCUAAACCAUGUACAUUCCGUAGCUUUCCAGGAUCAUGGUAGCCACUGUUGUAGCAUAUUCCAAGACAAAACCAACAAAGGGGUUUCGAUAGAACAUAACAACACCGCUCCCUCAAGUAUCGGUCUGUGUAACUGGAUGUGUGACCCACCUGUAGUGGAACAUAUAACUUGACCGUGCAUGUGUUUUGCUGUAGCAACCUUAUUCUUACCCACUGAGGUCAGUCCACCUGUAUCUACCUAAGUAACGGAUUUGAAUGGUCACUUUACUGUAGCCUCACAGCAAUACCAGCGACUGCAAAAUGUACAACAAAUGUGGAUGUGCCAUAAAAUCUGUCUUGAGCAUAUUGUACUGUAUGUAUAUGAUAGAGAUCUAUUAAAAUAAAAUUAUGUGAAUGAUG